AUGGAUACAGAUCUGAUUGAAGGAGAUGGUCAGAAGCUAGUGAUCAACAUCUUGGUGGAUCUCUGUGAUCAAAUGUUUGAAAAAUUUCAGGAAAAUAUUUUUACUGGGCACAAAGUGAACAGAUUAUUUGAUGAAGAAGAAAUAGCAAAAAGUGUCAAGGAAGUACUUUCUUAUUUAGUUGAUGAAUGUUCUCAAGGUUUAAUUCAAAAUCAAGAAACAACUGGGAAUUUUGAAAAUGGGCAGAUGCAAGGAGUUUUGAACAAGCAUAGUGUUGAGUGUAUGAAGGAAAAUCAGUGUUUUGAUGAUGAGCCUCAACAUUUAGCAGCAGCAAUUCAGGUUGAAAGAAAAACCCAGAGUAGUGAAAAUAUCCAUAAAUACUGCGUCUUUGAUGUUUCUGAGGUGAAAGGAAACAAUAGUUCUUUCAAACUUCAUUCUGAUCACUCAGAAGCAAGCAUCAACUGUGCAGAAUCUGAGCAGUUGGAAUCAAAACCAAGUAUUUCACCUCACAGAAAAGUUGAAGUCUUUAUACAAGAAAAGUUUGUCAAAGAUGAAUUUGCCAUUGACAGAGAAGAUGUUUUAGAAAACAAAUAUAUUUUUCAUCAAGAUAAGGAAGAGGUAUAUUUUGAUAUUAAAGAAAGAGUAAAUGAAGCACAGUUAAGAAAACAGGUAAUGUUACAUCAUAUGGUGGAUGAGGAUUCAGAGAUAUCAGAGAAUCUGAUAAUUUCAAAUGUACCUGGUCAAGAAGAAUACACCAUUCAGCCAUAUGAAGAAUCUGAUGCUGAUGGAAUGGUUCAGAAACAUAUAGAUCAGGUACAAGGACUUCAUGUAGAUAAGAACAAUGAAGAAGCAUUAAAUGUGCAAGAUGAUGAUAUUGGUGAUCAAGCAGUUUCAGAAGGUCAGAAAGCAGUUGAUUCGCAAAUCCACCAAGACCAGCAAAAAGAUUCCAAUGAUAAUAUCAUGGAAGAAAAGAAGGCAACAGUAGAACAUUGCCAGAUAUCACAGUCUUUAGAGCAAUGUAUAGAUAAAACUUUCCCAGAAACAAUGCAGGACAGUACUUCUGAUUUAAAUAUUGAACAAGGUCACCUUUUUGAGACUGAAAAAAAGAUAUUUGAAUGUUCUACUAAACAGACUUAUUCCCCUCAGCAAAAUGAGGAAGAAAAUCUUAAAUCUCAAUGUUGUGUUGAACAAGAAUUGCUGUCAUCAGAAAAUAAAGAAAAAGAUCAGUGGUCUGAGGAAUAUGUUUUACAAGACCAGCAUUCCCAAGAAACUGUUCAAGACCAUGUAGAUGAGCCAUUUCUUGAAGAAGACAGUGUAAACAUUUCUCAGGGAAACAUUCAAGACAGACUAUUCAAACCAUAUGUUGAACAAUGUCCAUCAUCUCAGGAACUUCUUUAUACUGCAGGGAUACCUGUUGAACAAUACCAGACCUUGGGCCUAAAUGUCAAUACACACGAUCAAACAGAAGGAUCAAAUGAACAAGAAGAGACUUAUCAAGAAUGUGGGUCACAAGAACAAAUAUGUGACCAGUCUGUUGAAGAUAACCAGAAUUCUGAGGACAAUGUGUUGCAAAACCAAAUGUCUAAACUAGAUGCAAAAGAUCAAUAUUUUCAGAAUAUACUGCAAAACCAAACAUCUGAGAAAUCUGCUGAUCAAGAUCAGACUCACCAGAAAGUGUUAAUGACUGACAAGACACCUGGGGAAUAUGUUGAACAAGACCACUUUUCUCAAGAAACCCUUGUGUCUGAGCAGACAUCUAAACAGUUCGCUGAAGAAGACCAUACUACUUUGCUAAAUGAAUUGAAUUGCCAAACAUCUUUUAAACAUGCUGAGACUUAUCAGCAAGAUACAGUACAAGAACAAGUGUCUAAACAUUAUGUUGACAAUGUGUCACCUUUGGAGUCUGUACAGUACUCAACAUCUGAACAAUCUGUUAACAAAGAUCACACUCAUCAGGAAAUUCAUAUGCUUGACAAGACAUAUGAUCUAUUUGUUUCAUCUGAACAUUUUGAUGAACAUGACCAGUAUUCUUUGCAAAAUACAGGACAAGAACAAGUCCCUGCGUAUUUUGUUGAGCAAGGGAAGGACAAGCCUGCUGGGGAAAUUGAACAAGACCUUGCUUUUAUAGUGCUUGAUCAGACAUUGGAAGAAACUUUCAAAAAGGACCAAAUUUGUGGGAAAACUAUUGUGCCAGACAAGUUUUCAAAGGAAAAUGAAGCAUGUGCUGUAUCAAAGGGACAAUUUUCUGAAAAGGACCAUAUUUGUCAAGAUCAAGUACUUAAAGACCAUAGUGAUGAGCAACAUCAUAGUUCUAUCGAAAAUGUUAGGCAAAAUUUUAUACUUAAUCAAUCUUUAAAGGAAACAUGUAUGUAUGAUGAAAAUAGUGUACAGAAUGAAUCAUCUGGGGACAAUACAGUGCUGGACUUCAAAAAUAAGGAAAAUGUACAGGAACAGACAGGCAUGUUAUCUGAGAAGACUUUUGUCCAAAACAAAACAGUUGAGCUGUCUGUCAAUAGUUUUGUGCAAGAACAGACUUCUGAGCAAGCUGUUUCAUUAGAACAGACAUCAGAGGUGACUGAAAAGCGAAUUGAAAAAGCAGCAAACAGGUAUGGAGAUCAAACAUCUGUCAUUGUUCUUCAAGAUCAGAGCAGACAGAAAAAAGUUCUUUCUGAGGAAAUUAUAAAAGAUACAUCUCUACAGGAUGUCCAUGUAGAGAAAAUGAGUGUGCAAGACAUAAACUUUAAGGGGAAAAAUAACCAAAUGAAAGUUGAUGAAGAUAAUAUCAAUAUUUUAGAAAAUGAGACAAAAACUUUAAAACUUUUCAGCAGUGCUGAAGAAAGACAUCAACAGGACUCUAUUACCAUAUUACAAAGUGAUUUCCACUUCAACAGAACUACAGCUGGUGACAUCAGUUCUUCUGAUGUCUUAAUUGACAGAAGGAUUGAAGUAAGGAAACAUUUUGAAUCACAUGGAAAUAUGAAAGAUGAAAAUGUGGAGUUAUCAUCAGUAAGUAAAACAACUCACAGUCUGAAUCCUCAGAGUGAGCAGGUGCAGUACUGUUCUGAAAAGAUGUCAUCUGGUACACCUAAAAGGAGCUUUAUUGAUGGUGUGGAGACCAAAUUGAAUAAGGAGGAAUGUGAUGUUAAAAGAAUGUGUGUCAACUUCCAAUACUCUGCAGCAACAGAUGACCAAGCUGUACCAUCUGUUGUUCCUUCAGAUCACUUUCUGCCACCAGAAGAAGAUUGCAUUUACAGUUGUAAUGGAGCUUCAGAACCGAUGAAAGAAAACAUUUCGAAAGCAAAUGAAAUCUGCUUGAUUGAUUCAGCUGAGGAACAUAUGGAGACAGAAAAUGGAAUAAUUCAUGAUGAGCAUAACUUGCCAGAUAAAGAAAUGCCUUUACGAGAAAGUAGUGCUUUUAAAUGGAAGUAUGUUCCUUCCUUUGAUUCAGAUGCUAUUGUUCCAAAGAAAGAUGAACAUGAUGGUUCUGUGAAGCUAAUAAGCGUUGCACCUCUUCCCCUAUGUAGAAAACCAAGGAGGCUUGGACUGUCAAAAAGGCAGAAAAUUCAACAUUUACAUUCAAAAUUUAAACCACAUUGA